AUGCUGUUUCUUUCCUUGUUCAACAAAAUUGAAUUUGUGCAAGAAGACUUUGAGAACCUGUCAAACAACAAGGUGGAGAAGACCUCAUUUUAUGAGAGCAUUGCAAAAAUGAAGAGACAGUUGAAGAACAUCAGCCUGUCACUUGAGACAAAUUUUGAAAAGAAAAUGGUCCUGGAAAUUUAUGCAUUGUUUAUAUUAAUUAGAAUAUUCAUUACACUAACUGUAUAG